GCUAGCUAGUCAAAUGAACAAGACCUGACUUUAUGCACUGUACUAUAUGCAUGUAUUAGAGCCAAAUAUUAGCCCACACACACCAAAGGCAGAUGGAAUCUUCAAAAUUAAAGUAUUAAAUUCCUUCUCCAACCUCCAUUUUUUUACCAAAUCUCUCUUACUGGGUACUUCUCUUUUCAUUUCUAUAUAGAAAUUAUUAUGAGCUAGAGCUCUAGUCCAUGCCAUAAGAUCUGUGAAACUCAACCCCUAGAGAAUAAUAGGGUUUACCAGAUAUUUGUGUAUAUAAUAUGGCUGGUUCUGGUUUGGUACUUCAGUUGCAGCAGCAAUUGGGAGAUUACACAGAUUCACUGUUUAAUGAGGGUUUCUUAGAUGAUCAAUUUAACCAACUUCAGCAACUCCAAGAUGAAAGCAACCCAGAUUUUGUGGUUGAAGUAGUUUCUCUCUUUUUUGAAGAUUCUGAUAGGCUUCUUAAUGAACUGGCCAAAGCUCUGGAUUAUCAGAAUACUGAUUUUAGAAAGGUGGAUGCCCAUGUUCACCAGUUGAAGGGUAGCAGCUCCAGCAUUGGAGCUCAGAGAGUUCAAAGAGUCUGCAUUGCAUUCCGUAACUACUGUGAGGCACAGAACGUUGAAGGGUGCUUAAACUGUCUGCAACAAGUGAAACAAGAAUACACCCUUGUGAAAAACAAGCUUGAAACCUUGUUCAAGUUGGAGCGACAGCUUUUGGCCGCACGAGGGUCAUCAUUUCCGAUGUAGUUUUUUCGAUCAUAGAUUCUCAUGAAGAUACAUGAUCAUCAUCUUCAUCAUCAUCAUCAUCAUCUUCUUCAUCAUCAUCAACGGAGAGUAGUUUUAGCUUAAUCUUAUUAUGGUUCUGCAUGCGUCUGUAAAUUAUUAAUAUAUUUUGUCUACUCCUUUCUUUAUAUAUUUCUCUCUUAUAGCUGGUUGCCCUUAGUUUGAACUUAAUUAUAUUAGUCUUUCAUCUUAUUAUUAAGAACAAUAUGUUGAAUUUUCGAGUGAAUAAAUCUUUUCCAUUUCUAGUA